AUGUGCGAGCCGACUAAGCUAAAGUUCGAUCUUCCAAUUGGGACCUGGGGUACGACUGAGGUCGAGGUUGAGUAUCCUUGGCAUAGAGACCUCGACUCCAUCAUCUUGCCGCUUCUCGAAUCAGCCCAUGAUGCUCAGCAAGAACGACAGAAAGAGCACAGAGAGCUCAGAAGAGGCGAAACGUUUCGCAAUUCUCACGCACCGGAAGAUCGCCUGGGCGAGCUGAAAUCAUCUGGGGAGAUCCGUGCCGCAUUACCUGCUGAACGAGAUCGCGGCACCAUCCCAGCCGCCAAUGCCGCCAAAAUUAUGACGAGUAAUACCAAGCGCAAGAAGGGCAGGGACAAGAUUUUACCUUCAAGACCAAAUGAAGAAGUCAGAGUCUGUCUGAAGGGAGUGGAGAGCAUCAAGUGGAUGACAAUGAUGAGAGGCGAUUACUUUCAGAACUUGUUGGAAGCCUACGCCAAGGAUUGCGAACCACCAAAGGAAGUGGCCCGUCUAAAGGUGUUUUGGAAGGGCAAAUGGGUCAAGAACAUGGAGACACCGGACGAUCUGGGCCUCGAUUCCGACUCCAAAUUAGAGAUCUACGAGCUUGUGCAUAUGAGACCGAGAAUCAGCAUGGAAGCGCUCAAGGUUCCGUACAUCCAUCAGCGAAAUCCAUCGAAGGCUUCGAUAAAGACGAUUCAGUCCAACAUCUCAGAAGAGCCUUGUAGUCCGAAGUCUUCCCCAGCAGUCCCAGUUGUUGAGACCAUCGACACCAGCCAGUCUCGUUCUCUUCCACCACCUCCUGAGAAAGAUCGACGGCGCUUGACACGUGGCGCAUUGAACGUCGACACUGUCAACUUCCCCAAAUCCUCAGGCUACCCAACGGAAGACGAAUCCGGCCUCAGCGCCACCGUGCAUCCCGGCGAGCUUCACAUGCCCGCUCAGGUUCUCACUCGGGAGAAUAGCGGCCACACCAAUAAAACCAACACAACUUUCCGCUCCUCCAACGAAAGCGGAUCUCUAGCAGCAGAAUAUCAAGCUCAAUGCGUCGCGAUCCACGCCCUACGCUCAGAGACACCAAACAACGCCUCCACAGAAGAGCCAGCUGUAGUCAAGUUGUCCGUUCAACCACCUAGCGACGCCUCGCUCCAAGAAGCCGCCCGCCUCCAAGUCCCCGUCUCCUCAAAACUCCGACGGCACUUCGAUAUUUCCGUCCCCACCCUACGCUCCGAGUCCCCAUCCCAAAAUAUUCCAGCUCCCUCUCAAACCCAACUUCAAUCCCUCCAUUCCCGCUCCAAAUCCCCUACACGACCAGGCCCAACCCCAAUCAAAACAACUCACCAUACCAUCCACCCCGCUCACCGCAAGCACGGAGGUCCCCACUCAGCCUCAAGCCCAGCUGCCCCUUUCAUCCCUCCUCUCAAGACCGUCAAGUCGCAGGAAGACGGCAUCAGGGAGAGUGUGCACGGGUUUAAAUACCAGAAUGCCGUGAUGCAGAGGAAUAGCAUGUUGGUGCCUGCGGAGAUUGAGACUACGAUUGAGGCUCCCGGUGGCAGGAGAGUUAGUAACAUUAGCAAUACUUUUCGUGACAGUUGGCCGUGACUAUAUGAUGGAGCGGGACGUUCGAAAAGGACGAGUUGUCCGAGUAGGUUUUUUGAACACUUGGAUGAGGAGGUUGAGGAGGGGCGGUGAUGUAUGGAAGAGAUGGGGGAGAGAGUAAUGGCAGGGGAUUUUUUCUUUGGGUUAGAAUCUUGAUUGAGCGGGGGUAAUAAGAUUGGGACAUUCUUCCUUGACGAAAGAGGGGGUUUCCUUGUGUGAGUUAACGUGGUCAUGUCGACUUUUCUUACUGAGAUAGCUGCCUUAAUCUGGAUCAUUUUGAUAUCCUGUUCCGC